ACUGGUAACCCCCCCUCCUCAAAGCAGCUACUGGCCCUUUAAGGGUUAUGUAGCCGGGCUAGCCGAUGUAGGACGAGCCGACCGUGCGUCUGCCUGCCUGCGCUGCGCUGCCAUCCACAUCAUGGCCUCAACACCGACACCACCGAGGAUGAAGCGACCAGCCAGCGGCCCUUCCCUUACCGGAGCGGAGACAGACGUCAAGCCGAAGCAGAGGCACCGGUAGAGGCGAGCCGCGCCGGGGAGAGCCGCCUCACCCAUCCCAUGCCCCCCCGGUCUCCUCCAUGCCUUCGUCUAAAGCCAAGUACAGCUAUUCGUUAAAGAGGGGUGCGAACCCAGGCGGCGGCGGCGGCAGCAGCAGCAUGAACAUGACAACGAACCGGGAUUAUUCCGUUAAUCUGUCGGUGCAGCAAGUGCUGAGCCUUUGGGUGCAAGGCACGACGCUGCAGCACUUCACAGAGAUGUGGUACUGGGUGUUCCUGUGGUGUCUCUUCUCCUCGCUCUUCGUCCACGGGGCGGUGGGGCUGCUCAUGUUGGUCAUGCUGCAGCGCCACAAGAGGGGCCGCCUCAUCACCCUGGUGCUGGUCAGCGUGGGGUUCCUGGCCUCCCUCUCCGGAGGCGUCAUCACCAGCGCGGCGGUGGCGGGGGUGUACCGCGUGGCAGGGAAGGACAUGGCACCGCUGGAGGCUCUGGUGUUCGGCGUGGGCCAGACCGCCCUCUCCGUCAUCAUCUCCUUCUCACGCAUCCUGGCAACUCUGUGAAGUGAAACCCCCUGGACGAGACGAAGCACAGACACUGAGAUGAGAAUUCAUCGAGCCAGUCGGAGACUUUAUGGUGGCUGAGCGUGUGGAAGGAGAGGAAGCAGAAAUGCUCUGGACCUUGGGCUGGAAGCAGGACACGGCGCCCCCCCCCGGUGCCCCUGCUCCGUAACUGCCACAGUGACGCCGCUCUUCAGAGGCUGUCUUCAUGUGAGAGAGCGGCACCAGGCGGCCAUCCUCAGCUUCUGGACUUGAAAGCCAUGUUCCGGGUGUUUCCAGAGUUUCAUCAAUUGUUGUGCCAAAAGCCUUCUCUGGGACAUCCAGAUGCCUUUCAUGGCCGCUGACUCAUCAAGGCUUUCUGUUGCAAAUGUAGAGGGGAAAACAAACUAUUUAAAAAAAAACAGCAGUGACAAGACCUGUAAUGAUGAUCUGAUGAUCCUUCAGUGAUCAGCAUGAGAACAAGAGUUGCGCAAUGACACAAUUUUUCUUCAGUAUUGAACAUCAGCCUCACCUCUCGGUCUUCACGACGUUCAGAGUAUCAAUGAUCAUUCCUUUCCUUCAAAUGGUUUGAAAGCUGAAUCAUCCAAUAUACUGUAGAGCAAGCUGCAGCUUUUAAUGUUGCACUCACUCUUUGCGUAAGAACGUGUGAAAUCAGAAGACGUGGAUAAGAAAACCAGCAUAGGCGCUAGAUAUGGUUUGAAGUUUUGAUUCAUUUUGUGCCAACGAGAACUCUGAUAAGAGUUAGAGGAACAUUGAGACACAUUGGGAAACACACUUAUUGACUUCCUUCCUGAGAGUUAGAUGAAGAGAUAACACUCUCACGUCUGUACGGUUAGCAUGAAGCUACAGAGAGCAGGUUGUUAGCUUAGCAUAGCAUAAAGACUGUAAUAUUGGGAAGUGGCUUUUAACUAGCAGCACAUAAAAGCUUGAAUUCUAACUUCUAUAUAACUUCUAUCUCUUGGUUGUUUAGUCUAAAAACAACAAUUUGCAGAUUUAAAAGGGGUUAUGUGACUGAAUAUAUAUUGGCUAAACACAAUUACUUAAAGGAGUGAAAAGCUAGCUAAGAAAUAGUCUGCCACAACCCCUUUUAAAAAUACAAAGUAUUGUUUUUUACACUUACACAAAACGAGAUAUAGAAUAAAGAUGCACUCACAAGAGAUUGUUGGCAUAUUUUUCUUUUAAUAUAGUAAGGCUAGCUGUUUCCCUCCAGUUUCCAGUCUUUGUGCUAAGCUAAGCUAACGUUCUACUACUUCCAGCUCGAUAUUUACUAUAUGGACAUAAAAGUAGUGUCAAACCUCUAAUGUAACUUUCAGUAAGAAAUAAAAUAGUUGUUCUUAAACGUUCCUUUAAAGCAAACAGAAAGGUCUGGACAAGCCCUCAGAAGUGUUUGCAGGUUUGAUACAGGUCUCAUUAGCGUAAGAUCAGGUUGAUCUUAUUCAGGUUUUAAGAUGUAUCGGUUUUAAGAAGGGUUGUUUUGCUGCUCGAGAGUCACAUCUUCAUACAAAAUUCCAUGUCUGCGAGUCCAGAUUUCCUGUAAUAACGUUGAAAUGGAGCCGUAGUAUUACUAACAUUGUCUGCAGUGCUACAGCAUAAAUUCCCCCGUGGAGACCCUUCCCUGUCUGGAGAAGGUCAGACGGAUUCUGCUGCUCAGACGGCCAUUCUUCUAUGGCUUCCUCUUUUCUUUGUUUUCUUUAUCAACCCAUGUUCCUUAAGUUUAACUUUGUAUAUUGUACUGAAAAUAACUGCCUUGUUUUAGCACAGUGUGCGAUGAUGCGACUCUGGUGAGACCCCAUUCGGUAAUCACAGUAAUUAUACACAGAAAUCAGUGAUGAUAGACACUGAUAAUCUUGUUUUGGGAAAAGCAAAGAAGAAUGUGCUUGAAGCUGCUGUAUUUACUCAAGAGUUUCUCACUGAAAAUAGAUACACUGAUUUAUUUAAGUUUAAAGCUCAUAACUUGGCCCAUAAGCACUUCCAAAGUAAAACAGUGUAUCUAGUACGGGAGCAGGGUGGGAGGAGAAAAGGUUGCAAUGCCAAAGUGUCGCUCACAUGUUAGCUUAAUUUAUUAUCUUUGUGUCAUUUAAUUGAUUUCAUUCAAAAAAAUGCAUUCAUUUUUUUCAGUUUUAGAAACAUUUGCACAUUGGCUCGUCCCCCAGACAAACCACCAUUUAAAUGAAUUUGACAAAAAUGUGUUGUUAUCUGUGUGUGCUGUAGCUCUAAAGGUAAAGGCUGUAUGUUUAUGAGUUAUGUAAUUGACACAGCUCACCUUCAGCACCAGCUUAGCACACAUGAGGGCGCUAUUGCACAGAAAGGAAGUGGCAGCCGAAAUGCCUGAAAGAUGAUUGUGGAUUUAAAAAGAUGAUGAAAGUUCUACCGAGUGUUUUGAUACAAACAUUUGACAAAAAGUCCUAAUAUCCCCCAAGAAAUUAAAAUGUAAUCUUAAAGAGAAUUCAUGUGACCCCCUCCCCUUUGUGUCCACUGAACGCUCUGCACAUUACCCAUGCUACCUGCUUGAAUGUUUUUAGCUCAAUUUCAGGGACCAAAUGUGAGUUGCUGCUGGUGACUCACCUGCUGUCACAGCAAUGAAAUCUCUGUGAAGCUGUUUGUGGGGCAGUUUCUGCAUGUUUGCGUGUAUGUGUGGUUCAGAGGAGAAAUGUGAGUGUUGUAAUUGGUGUUGGACCGUGUGGUUGUGCAUGUGAGUAGUGUAAUAAAAUGUUCUUUCUUUUCAUUAGAGGGGUUUGUACGGAAGCCCUGAGAGGCCAACAUUUCUGGUGAUCCAUUUUCUAAAUCUGAUCUAAACUAUUCAGUGUUUGUUACUUAGGAACAGGUGAAAAAAAGGUUUAUAUGUACACAGGUAUUUUUGUAAAUAGUGUUUUUCUGAGACAUAAAGCUACAUUUACAAAGACACUUUUUUUCAUUUGUGUAAAUGUGGAUGAAAAAACAUUUUGCAGGUAAAUUAUUAUUUAUUUAUUAGGCCUUUUGGCCACCAUAGUCCUCUUCUGAAUGAGAACUAAAAGCAUCCAUGAUGUAUUUAAUAUAUCGUGUGUUAGAAGUAAAGUUCUGAUGCUAAUCUGCCACUUUGAGUCCUUUUUUAAAAUUAGAUAAUGGUGCAGUAUGACAACAACAAACACUUGAUCCUGGCAAAACUUGUUUUAACCCACCUGUUUCACAGAUGAUUUAAUCUUUGCUUAAGUCAUCCCGUCAUCAGGUUUAGAUCAGACCUAAAAAAUGAAUCGCCAUACAUUUUUUGUUUUGUUUUGGCCUCUCAGGGCCUCCAUAGAUUGUUCACAUUGUUUUGAGCACCCCUAAAGUGUCCGAAAAGGCAAGGGUCCUAUUGUGAGUGACGCUGUGAAGAUCAGCUCAUCUUACAAAAUGUGUUGGAAAACAUUGUUUUUUUCUGACAAUGAAACUGCAAGAAAUGAUGGACUAAGGUUGUUAAAUGAGUGCACUUACUGUACAUCCUGAGCUGUAUAUAGCCAUAGUGUACAAAGUCCUCUGAUAUGAACAGAAUAACCACUGGAUAUUAUUUAGGUUCACACCCAGCGCAGUGAAUGCUGAUGAUGAGUACUGUGUUUUUCCACUCCAGGUUAUGUGAUUCAGCCACCAUUAAAGUGGCUGUGUAACUGACUGUGUACUGCAAUAUCCAAGGAGGUACCCAGCAACUAAAAACCCCCUCUAGACUUUUAAAAAUGCCAUCGCACUGCAGCGAGACGCCCAGCUCAAUAACCCUGUCUCUUUCAUAGGCUUAUAACUAAAAGCUGCCCCUUUGGUCUACUGUCGUCCAAAUGCCACAUAUUCCCCCCCCCGGACGCUUACUGUGGACCUGCUGUGAUGCAUGUGCUCAGAUAACGUGUGAAUGGGACUAUACGGACAAUCCAACAAGAGACAAUGUUGUACAAAAACCCAAAGUGGCACUUGUAGAUAUGUACAAUAUGUUCCUUUUUUAAUUUUGUACCAGCCAAACCGCUGAUAUUUAUAACUAUUGCCUAUUUAUGUACAAAGUGUUUCUCCUGUAAAUACUCAACAGUCAGUUGGAGUAAAAAUCUUUUGCAGUAUAUUCA